CGAUGAGGGAGGUUGUGUUAUUUUUGAUGUCAGUAACCGGUGUCCUGUCCUCAGAGGCAGGAUACCUGUUCACAAUGCCACGCCAGCUCUGGCAGGGCACCAAGGAGAAGUUAUGUAUCACCAGGUUUGCUGAAGGGGAUCCUCUUGAAUACAACCUUGACCUAGUUCACACCCAAAACAAUAGCACCACAAGAUACAUAUUUGAAUCUGGUAGUAGCCAAUGCUGGAAUUUUGAUGUUCCUAAUACUGAAGGGAAGUACACAGCCUCUUUCUCAGGCAGUCAUGGAAAUGGGACAGAGUUCAGGCACAAAACUGAAGUCACUAUCCAGAAAACCAGUCAGAUAACCCUUAUACAGUGUGACAAACCUAUGUAUAAACCAGGACAAACAGUAAAAUUCAGAAUCAUGACGAUUGAUGGAAUGAUGAAACCAAAAACAGAAAUGAUAUCCUUGGUCAGCAUAGAGAAUCCAGCAGGUGUCAGAGUACGCCAAUGGAGGGAUGUUAACAUGUCUAGAGGUUUAGCAAGUCUUGAAAUGGCACUUUCCUCUGACCCCCCUAUGGGAAAAUGGACCAUCUCUGUCAAAGUGGAGGGAAAAAGCAACAAACAGGAAUUUGUUGUCAAGGAAUAUGUACUUCCCAAGUUUGAGGUGACAGUCACACCACCAAAAUACCUGUUACCAGACACUACUUUGAUAGAGGGAACAGUAUGUGCUAAGUACACCUAUGGAAAGCCAGUGCGAGGCAUUAUGGGGCUGGAGAUUUGCUAUGUUAAUGACUACUACUACUAUGGUGCUAGAAGUGAUAAUGAUGUUCGUCCAUGUCACAAAAGUCUGGUUGAGAUUGAUGGCUGUUACCAGUUUUCUGUGAACUCGUCUGACUUGGCAAUGUCAUCAAACCGAUACAGUCUCUGGGGCAGUCUGUCAGUCAAGGCCAACAUUACAGAGACAGGAACAGGUGUGACAUUAUUUGGUGAAUCAAGUGGACCAGAGAUGACACAGACUCCUUACACUAUUACGAUGACCGAUGAAACCAAGGGAUACUUCAAACCUUCCUUUCCUUACAGAGUAAAGUUGACAGCUAAAAAGCCCGAUGGUUCUCCAGCGGCUGGGGAAUUAAUUGAAAUCAGUACAAGGAAUUGGGACUGGGACUUUUUUCAGCAUAAGAAUUUUACUACAGAUAGAAAAGGAGAGGUGAUGUUUGCUGUAACUGAUAUUCCAGAAAAUGUAACCAGCCUCAAUAUUCAGGCAAACUCUCCCCAUUACCGUAGGAGCUAUAACUACUACAUGUCAAUGGAUUUCCAUCGCCUGUACGAGCCCCAAGGCUACCAAUCAGCCCGCCGAUGGUAUUCUCCAUCCAACAACUACAUGCACAUAGAGCGGGUCACUUCCACCCCCAGCUGUGGUCAGAUGCUAAAUGUAAAUGUGUUGUACACAACACAGGUCAACACAACCUACAAAUUUUACUACAUGGUGAUGUCCCAGCGCCACGUAGUUUACCACAGUCACAAGCACCAUCACUUUUUAAGACGCCAUGCUGUAGAGACAAAUCCUGUGGAAGACGCUAUGAAACUGGAAAAUUUCACUCCUCCUCCCAGACGCCCAUUUUACAGACGUCCUCGUGUAAUCAAAGUGCGAAUUCCUGCUGUGCUUGUGAAUGGAACAAAUGCAACAUCAAGCAGUGAACCUGAACCAACUGAAGCCCCAGAACCUGAACCAGAGACAGAGGAUCCAGAACCGGAACCAGAAACAGAACCAGAAACAGAGCCAGAAACAGAGGAGGAGGAGGAACAAGAACCAACAAGUUUUAUAGCAUCCUUCACCUUACACAUUCCGGUUGUGGCAGCCAUGGCUCCUGAGGCCAAGCUCCUGGUUUACUACAUACGUGAAGAUGCGGAGACAGUAGCAGACAGUAUCACGUUUGAGGUUGAGAAGUGCUUCAACAAUAAGGUGGUUAUGAGUUUUGAACCAAAGACUGCCUAUCCAGGUAGCGAGGCAAACAUCCGCAUCAAAGCUGCGCCAGGCUCCUUCUGUUCCGUUGGUGCGGUGGAUAAAAGUAUCAACCUCCUCGGGGGAAACCAUCAACUGACUCCAAAAAUGAUAUACAGUAUGAUAGAACAACCAAACUUUUACUACGGACACUGGAAUGAUGACCAGGAAUAUUGUAAACAACACUUUCCACAACCUGAACUAGAAACCCUUGAUGAUGUGCCCACAUUUUACUAUGGAGGAUAUUAUGCCUAUGACACCAACACAGUGGAUGCUAUCCAAGCCUUCAGAGAACUUGAUAUGGUGGUAUUCACAGAUUUGACUUUGGAAACUCGUCCUUGCUCCCGUAGAAGAAGAAUCCCAGUUGCCAUUCAUAGGCAAUUUUCUGUAAGGUCGGAAGGCAUGCCAGGCGGAAUUGUUGAUGAAGAUGUUGUAUAUGAUACUGAAGGUGUAUUGACAGCCAUUCCAGAUAAAAAGAAACCCACAAAGACUCGGAGCUUUUUUCCUGAGACAUUUCUUUGGGAUUUGGAGCUUAUAGGUGAUGAAGGUGAAGUGGUUUUAACUAAACAGCUACCACACACAAUUACCGAGUGGGUUGGCAAUACCAUUUGUGCCAACACAGAGGUUGGAAUUGGUACUUCGCCCUUGGCAACCAUCACUGCCUUCCAGCCAUUCUUUUUGUCCUUCACUCUGCCCUAUUCUGCAGUAAGGGGUGAAACUGUGCCAGUUACUAUCACCAUCUUCAACUACCUCUCCGAAUGUCUUGUUAUGUUAUUGAGACUAGAGCCAUCUGAUGGUUUUGAGCUGGUGUCGGAUGAUCGUGUUGUACAGAGUUGUGUUUGUGGUGGAGAAUCAGAAAGCAUCAAAUACUACAUCAAACCUACACAACUCGGAGAGAUCGGCAUCCUAGCAGCAGCAGAAUCUAUUCAAGAUGAUGGAACAUGCGGUAACAAUGCUGUCCAUGAUGAGACCACAGGUGUAUCAGAUGCUGUCAAAAGGAUGCUACUGAUAGAAGCUGAGGGUGUUGAGAAGGAAUAUACAUUCAGUUCUUACAUGUGUUCUGAGGGUGUUUCUCAAAUAGCUACAAUAGACCUCAUCCUUCCCCCAGAAGGGUUAGUGGAAGACUCUGCAAGGGGCAAAGUUAGCGUCAUAGGUGACAUCAUGGGUCCAGCAUUAUCAAACCUACAAGGGUUGCUGAGAAUGCCGUAUGGUUGUGGAGAGCAGAACAUGGCUUCAUGGUCACCUAAUAUUGUGGUUCUUCAGUACCUCACCAACACAAACCAGCUCACUAGCAAGAUUGAGACAGAAGCUCUGAACUACAUGAGGAUUGGGUAUCAGAGACAACUGAAGUAUCGCCAUAACGAUGGUUCUUAUAGUGCCUUUGGAAACUCCAACGCUGAUGGUAGUAUGUGGUUGACUGCUUUUGUAGUCAAGUGCUUUGGGCAGUCUUUGCCUUUCAUUGACAUUGACAAUAAGGACCUCAUCAAAAGUCUCAACUGGUUCAGAAAGAGGCAGCUGGAGAACGGCUGUUUCCCUAAAAUAGGCUAUACGCAUAGCUACUACCUGAAGGGUGGAAUAAGCGAAAACAGCAACGAGGCUGCUAUGACUGCCUUUGUUCUUAUUGCAAUGUUGGAAGCAGGUGUCAAUAAGAUGGAUAAUGCUGUUGUUAAUGCUGUAAGGUGCUUAGACGUUCAAGACAACAAUGACACAUACACAUUGUCAUUAAUGGCCUAUGCCUACACACUAUAUGAUGUUAACUGGCCAAAGAGGUUAAUGGUGAUGGCUGAACUUGAGGAAAGGGCCAUGUAUAAAGAGGAUGGUAUACAGAAGUAUUGGACUCGUAAUGAUGAAGAGGAGCCAACUCCAGAGCCCUAUUCUUGGCAAUGGUACCAAGCACCAUCAGCAGAGAUUGAGAUCACCUCCUACAUUCUACUGUCUGUCAUCAUAGGGGAACAGGAAAACGCUGUCGUUAAUGCACAGCCCAUUGUCAUGUGGCUGACAAAACAGAGAAAUGAACUUGGAGGCUUCUCUUCUACCCAGGAUACUGUAAUAGGUCUGCAGGCCCUGUCUGUGUAUGCAACGCUAGUGUACCGGGGAGGGAUGAGAUUAGGUGUGACUUUUAGAGGGAUUGAAAAUGAGGAGAGAUCAUUCAGUAUCACAGAAGACAACAAUCUUGUCCACCAAUCAUCACAGUUAGAGGUUGUUCCUGAUGGGAUGGAGGUAGAGGUCACUGGUGUUGGCUGUGCUCUUGUGCAGGCUAAUAUGAAGUACAAUAUACAUGAAGCCCCAGCCGGCCCUGCCUUCAAUGUACGGAUCAAUGCAUUCCGCUCCAAGACCAUGAGGAAUGACUGCAAAAGGCGAACCCUCAACAUAUGUGCCUCGUUUAGUGGACCUGGAGGAGUGAGUAACAUGGCUUUAGUCGACAUUAAGAUGGUCACUGGUUGGGUUCCAGUCACUUCCACUCUACAAGAGCUUGUGUAUGAUCAGGCCUUGGACAUUCAGAAAUAUGAAGAAGAUGGCAACAUGGUGCACAUCUACUUUGACAAGUUUGACUCUGCAGGCCAGUGUUUCUACUUUGAUGUAGAACAGGAUAUAGAAGUGUCAGAUCCUAAGAAGGCAUUCAUCAAAGUGUUUGAUUACUAUGAGACAGACUUACAGGCAGUAAUACAGUACAGCUUGAAAACGACUUGUGGAACUAAACAGGAAUUACCUGAAAUCUCAGUGGAUCAGUACCUACGUGGUGUGUUCUUUUCAUCUGUUGAUGAGAUAGUACAAGUUCGAGUUCCUAUUGGUCUUCCUGAUGAUGAAAGAGCAGGUCCAGCACAGCCAGUCAUAACAUGCCCUUUGUGCACAAAUGCAACCAUUGACAAAAAGAGUGCGGAAUUCAAGAAUUUGGUUUGUGGAUCUGAUAAAGUAUACAAAGCAGUGGCAGGACGUACCGGAAAAUACUCUAUGAAAAUUUAUGGGGACAUGCGAACAAAGAGGAAGACAAAAAUCAAUGGUUUUGCUGAAUAUGACCUUGGAGACUGUGUGUGUGACUCUUUGCCAACAACAGAGAGUAAAGUGCUGAUUUUUGCAUAUGAAGGAGCAUACGAAAAGGACAUCAAAACACUGCAUCUGGAUGACCAAGUGACAGUUAUGCCUUGGACAAGAGACUUGGAGAAAGCACUACGACGAUUGGUGACCCGGCGACGAAGGGGCUGUAAUUAAACCAGGAACACAUAUGUAUUCAAAAAAUCUGUUCUGGAAUUAAGUCAAAUUUGGACCUGUAAAUAUUAUGAUGAAGACAUUUUCAUUCAAGCUGCCAAACAAGAUGUUUUCUGUAUUAAAACAGGGUUACCUUUGGUAACAAGACUCCUCAACUUACAUUUUUAUUUUUUUUUUAUUUUAGUCAAACUUUGAUGAUAAGAAUAACAGAAACUGCACUGUGACUGUGAAUGUCCAAGUCUUGUGAAGUAUGGGGAUUGUAAUGAGGUUUUAGCGACUGUGUUAUUUGUACAGUACAUAUGGGCCUUGGCAAAGACAGUGAAUUCUGUUCAGAUCAGCAUUACCAAUACUGUAUGAUCAUUAAUCUGUUUUUAAGAAAGUCUACAUUUACAACAUUAUAUAUAUUUUGUUGUAGUUAAUCUCAGUGUUUAAUUGCAGUAGUACAGGGACUGUAAAUGGCAUGUCUUUUAUGAAGAAAAUUAUAUUUUAGUCACUUUCUGUAUUUUGAGCAAACAUUUAUUGUGUGAACUAGUUGAUCAUUUAUUUGAAUUAGAAACAGAUUUGUUUGUAUUCUGAAUCUUUCCUUGGAGAAUUGUAAGUCAUUUGAUAAUAUCAUGAGUGUAUUUUUGAGUAUACUGUCUUUGCUUUUACAUUUCUUGUCAGUUUUUGGGGCCAUUUUUCUACUUAUUUUUCACUUAUUUUUUUAUUAGAAUGUUUUAAUCUGAACUGUCUCAAAUGAUUUUAACUCUUAACAGUAAAGAGUAUUUGAUUUUUUUUCCUGUUAAAUGUUUCAGAAAUCAAGUAUCAUGUCUUUUAUAUUUUUAUAUUAUCCUACCUCACAUCUUCAUAACAUUUUGCUUGACUACAUAAAUUUUUUCUAUCAACCGUGAGACAUACUUAUGUAUGUUAAGUGGGAUAUAAUAAACUUGUUUUAAUAAGGAUAACUUUUUUUUAUACCAGCACACAGUUUAUAUAUCUGUAUACAUCUUGCAUAAGUACCUCUGUUCUUUCUAUGCGUUAAUAAAGAAAUGUGAUAUUUGA